GGACAUUAACUGACCUUCGGCCGUAUACAGAACAUCUACCGUGCCAAUGCGAUCUGCGAGUCGGCAGUCAUCCUCGCACAGCGCUACCCCUCCGCCGUCUCAGAAAUCGUGUUGUCCUACCUUAUUCGGGACUCACUUCGAGCAUCAAACAAUAUCAGAGUCACGCCAUGGUGGCUCGCAGGCUGCCUCGCGAUGACCGCAGGGAGCCUCCUACGCCUUGCGUGCUACCACACGCUGGGCCGCUUCUUCACUUGGGAGCUCUCGCUCAAGAAAGGCCACUCACUCGUCACCGCGGGACCAUACUCCAUCGUGCGCCAUCCGAGCUACGUCGGAAGUACGCUUAUUGGCGUAGGUGUGGUCCUCUGCCACUUCGGACCGGGAAGCUGGUACGCGGAGUGUGUGGGCUGGGAGACUUGGGGUAGCAUACUUUACACAACGCUGUGGGGCGCAUGGUCCCUGGCAGUACCUGUGCUUCUUUGCGCUCGUGCUCCCACGGAGGAUCGAAUUCUGCAAAAGGAGUUUGGUGUGGAGUGGGAAACGUAUGCGAAGAGGACCCCUUACAGACUGAUUCCGUACGUGUACUGAAUGAUAAAAUAUUGUGUUUGUACACAUUUAGUGGCAGGAACUUUUACAAAAUAUCUGACACACUUGAGUGCUAGUAUGCGGAUUAUCCGACUCGGGGUCAAGAAUGAGCUGUCUCCGAAAGUUCUCAAUCAGGUCGCUAGCGGCAGUGUUGUCACUGACGGCC